CUCCGCGGCGGCUGCUGCUACUGUCUCGGUUAUCCUCCGGUCCGGCCCAUCAAAUAAUGAUAUCCAAGCUCUGUACGGCUCGAAUUCAUUCACCGACCGCCUCGUUUAAGACUCCGUACUGAUUCCAGAUUUGACAGACUCUAGCUUGCCAUGGCGACGGUAGUGAUGGAACAGAUCGGCCGGCUGUUUAUCAAUGCUCAGCAGCUGCGACAGAUCCCUCAGCUGCUUGAGUCGGCCUUCCCAACGCUGCCUUGCACUGUGAAGCUGUCCGACGUUCCCAAGGUUUUCCAGGAGCGCCACAUCCUCUCCGGCUACAGGCAGACGGACCAGAGCUGGCGUUACUACUUCCUCACCCUUUUCCAGCGUCACAACGAGACCCUCAAUGUGUGGACCCACCUGCUGGCUGCCCUCAUCAUCUUAGUAAAAUGUCAGGAGAUCUCGGAGACGGUAGAUUUUCUUCGUGACCCUCAUGCUCAGCCCCUCUUCAUCGUCCUCCUUUCAGCCUUCACCUACCUCUCCUUCAGUGCUCUUGCUCAUCUCUUCUCUGCCAAGUCGGAGCUCUCCUACUACACCUUCUACUUCCUUGACUAUGUCGGGGUGUCUGUCUACCAGUAUGGGAGUGCUCUGGCACACUACUACUACGCAAUAGAGAAGGAGAUGCACACUAACGUUCGAGGGUUCUUUCUGCCCACCGCAGCAUUCCUGGCUUGGCUCACUUGUUUCGGGUGCUGCUAUGGCAAGUAUGCCAGACACGACAUGCCCAAGUUUGCCCACAAGGUCUUCCAAGUGGUGCCCUCAGCCUUGGCUUAUUGUUUAGACAUAAGCCCUGUGGUUCAUCGCAUAUACAGCUGCUACCGGGAUAGCUGCUCCGACCCCAUCGUGCCGUACCACAUCUACCACGUGCUCUUUUUCCUAAUCAGCGCCUAUUUCUUCUGUUGCCCGCACCCAGAGAGUUUGUUCCCUGGCAAGUGUGACUUCAUCGGGCAGGGUCACCAGAUCUUUCACAUUUUAGUGGUGGCGUGCACCGUGCUGCAGAUCGAAGCGCUGCGAACAGACUUCACGGAGCGCCGCCCCUUCUAUGAGCGUCUCCACGGAGAUCUCGCUCAUGACGCCGUUGCACUUUUCAUCUUCACCACCUGCUGCAGCGCUCUCACUGCUUUCUAUGUGCGCAAGUGUGUACGUGCCUCCCUCCAGGAAAAGAAGGAGUGA